CAUGUUGUGGUUCCGGUUCAUUAGCUUCCUGUCAUAAUCAUGGUCCAAACAUGAGCUUUGGACGCAUGUUAUAAUUAGUAAUACUUGUUGAAAGAUUCUCGUGAUGUUCGUCUUCCUUCCUUAAAAAUAGCUUACAUUGCUAACGGCUAACUGUCAUGUAAACAGUCCUUUUGAAAUGUUUUCCUCAUAUUUAUCAUUUAGCAGAGUUCUGCGCCCGGUGGGCAAAUUAACCCAUUAUCCGUUGGCUUUAAAGAGCAUGAGUGCUGCUCCAGGACCGAGCUCCUCUGGUCCAGCAAGAGGCCUUCAAAGUACCGGACCAGGACCGAGACCAGAUGGGAGAGCUCGGGUCAGGAGAGUGUCUAUCGAGGGCAACAUCGCUGUAGGAAAGUCCACCUUUGCCAAGCUGCUUCAGUCCGCCAGCUCAGACUGGGAGGUCGUUCAAGAACCGGUCAGCAAGUGGCAAAGCAUCGAAAGCAGACCUUCCGAGGGGUCCGGGGCUCCCCAGCAGACCGUAGGUAACCUGCUCCAGAUGAUGUACGAAGACCCCCAGCGCUGGUCCUACACCUUCCAGACCUACUCCUGCAUGAGCCGCAUGAAGACCCAGCUGCAGCCUCCACCGCCCCACCUGCUCAGCUCAAAGGGAACCCCAGUCCAGGUGUUUGAGCGCUCUGUUUACAGUGACCGGUACAUCUUUGCCCUGAACAGUUUUGAACUUGGCUGUAUAAACCCAGCUGAGUGGGCGGUCUACCAGGACUGGCACACCUUCUUAGUGGAGCAGUUUGGCCCCCAGUUGGAGCUCGAGGGCAUCAUCUACCUCAAAGCCUCCCCUCAGAAGUGCAUGGAGCGUCUGGGGCGCCGCGGGCGGCCGGAGGAGGGCGGCGUGGAGCUGGACUACCUGCAGAAGCUCCACAUGCAGCACGAGAGGUGGCUCAGGGAGCGCACCACGCAGUUACAUUUUGAGAAGUUAAAACAUGUACCAGUACUGGAAUUGGAUGCCAGUGUGGAGUUUCUGAGUGAUCAAACUGUGAGAGAUGAAUUCAUAGUAAAGGUGAAGGACUUCUUCAGUGGGUUAUGAAAGAAGAUUUCUGAUCCAGCCACUACACUCUAUACCAAUAAGGACCAGUUGUUACCAUUUAGACCUCAUCAUUAAGGGCAUGGAUCUGAUAGAAAAUGUGUUUUCUUGUUUAGUAUGUGCUGUUUGUAUUAUUUGCUAUAAACCGUUUGGGACCAUACAUACCUCCAAAGUUGCUGUAGAAGCAGCUUUUAACACUGAAUGUAAUAGUUUUUACUUUUGAAAGACAACAGAAAGGAUUUUUCUAAGGUUGUACUAUAUUUGAAUGCAGAAUAUUGUUACGGAAAAUAAGUUACCGUUUUUAAUCUAGUAAACCAUUGGAACCCCAAGGGAGAAAACCAUUAUCCUGUGAAUAACCUUCAAUAAAACAUUUGUAUU